CUCCCUGCUGGUUUUCCAGAGCACCGUGGAUUUCCUUGGCCCAAGAGUGACCACAACCUGAGGAGGAAAGAAGGAAAGGUGCGCAGGGUCCGAUGGCGAUGCGUGCCCCAGCCGGAUCCCCCAAGCAGAGGGACCCCAAGAAGAUUCCAAAUGGUGACAACGCAGCUCAAGGGAAGUGGGGUCGAGCCUGGGAGGUGGACUGGUUCUCCUUGGCCAGCGUCAUGUUCCUGCUCAUGUUUGCUCCGCUGAUUGUCUAUUACUUUGUCAUGUCCUGUGAUCAGUACGGCUGCUCCCUCACCGCGCCCGUGGUGGAGGUGGUGACCGGGAAAUCCAGCCUCUCGGACAUCUGGGCCCACACGCCGGGCGUCACGGCCAGAGCAGCUCAGAUCUACGUCGGCUGGGUUACUUUUCAGGUGGCUUUGUACAUGAUGAUUCCUGAUUUUUGCCACAAAUUUCUGCCUGGCUACGUGGGAGGCAUUCAGGAAGGGGCUGUAACGCCUGCAGGAACGGUAAACAAGUAUGAGAUCAACGGUCUUCAGGCCUGGCUCAUCACGCACCUUCUGUGGUUUGCAAAUGCUCAUCUCUUUCACUGGUUCUCUCCUACCAUCAUUUUUGACAACUGGAUACCGCUGCUCUGGUGCGCCAAUAUUCUUGGCUACACCGUGUCCACAUUCGCGCUCGUCAAAGGAUAUUUGUUCCCCACCAGCGCCAAAGACUGCAAGUUCACAGGCAACUUCUUCUACAACUACAUGAUGGGCGUGGAGUUCAACCCGCGGGUGGGGAAGUGGUUUGACUUUAAGCUCUUCUUCAACGGCCGCCCGGGCAUCGUCGCCUGGACGCUCAUCAACUUGUCCUUUGCGGCCAAGCAGCAGGAGCUCUUUGGUUCGGUGACCAACGCCAUGAUCCUGGUGAACGUCCUGCAGGCUGUUUACGUGGUAGACUUUUUCUGGAAUGAAACCUGGUACCUGAAAACCAUCGACAUCUGCCAUGACCACUUUGGCUGGUACUUGGGCUGGGGUGACUGCGUCUGGCUACCUUACCUCUACACCCUCCAGGGCUUGUACUUGGUCUACCAUCCGGUGCAGCUGUCCGCGCCGCACGCGCUGGCGGUCCUGCUGCUGGGCCUUGCGGGCUACUACAUCUUCCGGGAGGCCAACCACCAGAAGGACCUCUUCCGGAAGACCGACGGGAACUGCCAGAUCUGGGGCCGGAAGCCCAAGUACAUCGAGUGCUCGUACACGUCGGCCGACGGGCGUAGGCACCGCAGCAAACUGAUGGUGUCGGGCUUCUGGGGCCUGGCGCGCCACUUCAACUACACGGGGGACCUCCUGGGCAGCCUGGCCUACUGCCUGGCCUGCGGCUUCUCCCACCUCCUGCCCUACUUCUACGUCGUCUACAUGUCCAUCCUGCUCAUCCACCGCUGCCUGCGUGACGAGGACCGCUGCUCCCGCAAGUACGGCCGCGACUGGGAGCGCUACACCGCGACCGUGCCCAGGCGCCUUCUGCCCGGCCUCUUCUAGGGGGCCGCGGCCGGCCGGCCAGGCGGCGAUGGGGCCCCCGCCCUGGAGGCUGCGGGGGCUCGCCCGGCGCUCCCUUCUCACCAGCCACGUGGCCCGUGUACUGUGGCCGGACUCGCGGUCGGGUGGGCAGUGUGGGCUCUGGAGCCUGCUGGGUCCCUUGGAUUGCCCGCUGUGAUCGGGCGUUCUCGAUGAUGUAAUGGGAAAUGCCGCCGGGCUGCCAGGGGCGACUGCCCAUCGGGGAUCCGUAGCCGCCCCUCGGGUUAGAAGCCACGUUCCCGGUCUCGGGCCCCUGCGGCCCGAUUUUCUUGCACAGUAUCCUAGGGUCUGAAUCGGAUUUCUUUUCCUCAGCAAAUCAAAGGUGUUCUUUUUUUACUUUUCUGUCUUUGUUACUGAAAACUAAGGCUUUCAUACAGUUAGUCACUCCACUGGCAUUUCUUACACACCUACUGUGUGCCAGAUAAUGCGCUAAGCUCCGGUGAUACAAGGAAAGGCCGGUGACCGUUCCUGCCCUCACGGAGCUCCCCUGCUAGCGGGGGAGCCAACGUGCAAACAGCCGCGGCCGACCGAGACGGGUUGGAGUCACCCGCAGAGGGAGGGCGCCGGCGUUGAGGAGGACCGGGGGGGCUUCCUGUACGAGGUGGCGCUUCUGCGGGGUUUGAGGGUGGCCGGGAGGUGGGAUGAGGCGCUGGGGAGACGGAGGCCCUUGAGGAGCAGCCGGGAGGCCGGGCCGCCGGAUUGCCAAGAACAUGGCAGCGUCAGGCCGAGCACCCUGGAAGGGCUGAUGGGGGCGAGGAGGGAGAGCCGAGCGGGACGUUUGCUCUUGUAUCCUGGGGCUCGGGACACCUCGGUCUGAGAGCCGAGUGAGGGACUCGGGCUUCCUAUUCAGCCGGCCUCUUUUCGGUUCAGAUCCAAUCCAUUGGAGGCAGAGCGCCGUGGCCUUGAGGCCUUGACCCGGGGUGCCCGUCUCUGGCUCAGGCUGUCUGGGAAGCUAGGGCCAGGUGACCGUUUCUCAGUGCCUUGGGCAGCUCUGAACUGCAUCUGUGGUGGGAGUUUCCACACCGGAAGAGCUGAGCUCUCUGCUCAGGUAAAAUCACACGGGUCUGGAGCCCGCCAAAACAAAUCCUCCCCCUUACACCGUCGCCCCUGGGGCCACGAAGUUUGUCUGGCCUGCAGCCACUGGGCAUCUUUGAAGCAAAGCUCGCGGACGGGAAGGAUGCGGGUGAUGCUCUGCGCGGGUCCAGACUGCUCUCACUGUGGCCCAGAAGAGCAGCAGCUCUUUGGUGCGGACGCUUCCACACUGCCCAGGACAUCUGGGGGGCCGUCCCCGGCAGAAUUAGAGUCCCAGGGCUUGAAGGGAGCUCGGGGACCCCUGUGAUGGAGCCGGGCAGGAGUCCCCAAGAUCCUCCCUUUUCUUUGGUGUUUCCCGGCUGGCUUUGUGGCCCAGCACCAAGCGCAGUGCCUUUGUAUUCGGUGGCAUUCGAUAAAUGCUUGUUGAUUGAGAGUACUGAUUCUUAGGAAAGUCUGUCCAGAGCCUUGAUCUCCCCUCUGCCACCUAGACCCUCCAUUCCUGGUUCUGCCUAAAGAAAAUAGUUCUAACCCUUCCACUCCCCAAUUCUUGUCUUCUCUGCCCUGGGCCCUUCCCCCAGCCUCAUCUCCAGCUGUAACGAGCACGGAGCAGACGGGACUUUGUUCCGGGGUGCUGGCCUCCCACGGGCCCCUGUGCCUUGCCUUGAGGGGGGACCGUGUGGCGCCUGGUGCCAGGGUCUUCCUGCCUUGGGGCCAGACCCACCCUCCCCAAGGGUUUUCAUCCCUCUUAAGCCUCUGUGUGGCAGGGUCUCCAUCCCCUCACCAUCCUGGGGGCCCGUCUGGAAGCUCUGCCGCCUCAGGCGUGUGGCAACCAGGCCAGGAGACACCCAUCUCCGCAAGCCGUGCCGCCAUCACUGAAACCUCCAAUCACGUUCACUUUUCUGGUUCGGGUGCCUCCCCAAACCUGUACUUUCCUGUUGAUUUUUUUAAAGCAAAAGUGAGACCCCUUUGAUUCUUACUGCAUUUUCUCCUACAUUGGAAGAUGCUUUUGAAUCCCUCCUAGACUGGAAGCUCCAUGUGGGCAGGAAUACGUUCUCCUCUAAUCUUUGUGUCUUAACACUGAGCACUGUGUGCUGCAUACAGCAGGUGCUUAAUAAACAUUUGUGAAAAAAUUAA